AUGUCGAGAAGACGAUUGCCAUUCUUGCACAAUUACUCAGCCUCCUCCGUUACAACAAAUACAGCAGCACUGUCUUCAACUUCUUCUUCCUCGGACUCCUCAGUUGUAAAUGCGGAUGCUGAGGAUGUGAUGGCGGGAUACAUAUUUGGAAAGAAGAAAGCGACCCAAGUUGCUCACUCGUUGUGGAAGCAUGUUGUCCGGAAAGGCGACGUGGUCAUUGAUGCGACUUGUGGCAAUGGCCAUGAUGCUUUAGCACUCCAAAGAUUGGUUUCUGAUGCAACUCGUGGAGGCCGUGUAUAUGCAGUGGAUAUCCAAAAAGCUGCUCUAGAGAGUACUUCUCUGUUGCUGGAUCGGUUUCUAAGUCCAGAUGAGAGGGAACACGUCGAGCUAUUCCUAAUGUGCCAUAGCAAAAUGGAGGAAAUUAUUCCUAGUGGUGUUGCUGUUAGGUUAGUUGCCUUCAACUUGGGUUACCUUCCAGGAGGUGAGAAAGCACUUAUUACAAGAUCAGAAACAACACUACUUGCCCUGGAGGCUGCCAAGAGAAUAUUGGCCCCUGGCGGGCUCAUCAGCAUUGUGGUUUAUGUUGGUCAUCAGGGCGGAAGGGAAGAGUUUGAGGCAGUCCAAAGUUUUGCUUCAGAAUUACCACUUGAGGAAUGGGUCUGCUGCAAACUCCAGACGAUAAAUAGGCCAUUUGCCCCCAUCAUGGUUCUCCUGUAUAGAAGAUAA